GAGUUCCGAAAGCACGAAGCUGAAUUUCUGUUCGACUCUGAGCCGCCGGUGUAUCUGUUGUGGUUAUCUCAAUAACACACACAUCUAGGGCAUUAUAAUGUAUAGAAUUUUAUUGAAUUCUACCGAAAUGACGAACGUUACCCUUAUCAAGAAGCGCAAAAUGCAAACUGUUGCAGGAAGUGAGGCAACGUCGAGGUGACCUGUCGUCCGAAGAAUCCAGUAAACCUCUGUGACUGAGUGCUUGGACGGAUGAGUGAGCAUGGACACACUAUCCAGCCACAGCUCCUACUUGCUGCAGCAGCUCCAGGAGCAGAGGAUUCAGGGAAUGCUCUGUGACUGCAUGUUAGUAGUUAAAGGGGUCUGCUUCAAAGCCCACAAAAAUGUACUGGCUGCUUUCAGCUCUUAUUUCAGAUCUUUAUUCCAGAAUUCCCCCAGUCAGAAAAACGAAGUGUUCAACUUGGUUAUCCAGGAUGUCAGUGGCAUUGGCCAAAUAUUAGACUACAUGUACACCUCCCAUCUUGACGUCAACCAAGAUAACGUGCAAGCACUCCUUGACAUCGCUCAAUGUUUGCAAGUUCCGAACGUCCAAAGCAUGUGUAACACUUUCCUUAAGCCUUGCCCCCCAGUGGUGGAAAUCCCAUCGUUUUCUCUCCCAGGCAUGCUGACUUCGGAGCACGACUGCCUCCUGGGAAGCAGCCUGCCUAGUGAUGUUGACCUCCCCUGUCCCACUGAAGUACCCAGACCUGGCUUCAUGGAGCAAACCAAACGAAUGUCUUUCUCUGUGCCUAACAGCAGCUCAAGUGACUCAGGAAGCAGCACUCAGGCACCUGUCGAAAAACAAUUAGUCCACGGUUACAAGCUCCGUAAUUUCUACAGUAAGCAGUACUUCAAGCAAAGUGCAAUUCAGGCCUCAAGUCAGGGUCCGGUUCCUUCAGUUGUCGUGGAGGAGUCUCAGUGUCAGCUUGGGAUCAGUCAGGGACGCAGCCACUCGCAUUUAUGCUCAGGAAACGCAGUUCAGCCCACCACAACUUGCUCAUCCUUGGCAGCUGACAAGAACCCCGUUUCUGCGCUGACACCUUCGGAUAGUUUAAACACCCCAAGCUCCGACCAUGCAGACGCCAUGCUCAGACUGCCGGUGCGUCCAAAGAAGACGGUGUACCUCAAGAAAUACAACUAUCUACGUUCUCAAAAGGCGUUAGAAGAAAUGUUUGCGGAAUCAGUCAGCGAGCCCAUCCUGAACCAUCCCAAAGACACGCACUCAGAAGAUUCUGCGGUUCGGAUUGGGGCCCAAGGAUCUCCUGUCGAAAACCCUGCAACUGUCAGGGAAGACGCAUCGAAGACGCCAUCAGAUGCUGAAAUUCCCCGACCGCCACCCACAAACCAAGAGGAGCAAGGACUGCAAACUCUGCCAGAACCACCACAGCAAACGGUCCACAAAUAUUCCUGCGACAUGUGUGGCAAAAUCUUCAAACACCCGAGCAACCUGGAGAUGCACAAACGCUCACAUACAGGCGAGAAGCCGUUUGAGUGUAAUGUUUGUGGGAAGAACUUCUCACAGGCUGGAAAUUUACAGACACACUUGCGACGACAUUCUGGAGAGAAACCUUACAUCUGUGAGUUAUGUGGCAAAAGCUUCACCGCAUCUGGGGAUGUCCAUCGUCACAAAGUGGUGCACACAGGAGAAAAGCCACAUCUAUGUGAUAUAUGUGGUCGAGGAUUCAACAACUUGAGCAAUCUCAAAGAACACAAGCGAACACACGCCACAGACAAGACGUUUACUUGUGACCAGUGUGGGAAAUCCUUCAACACACACAGGAAACUUCUGAAGCACAAAGCCUGCCACAGUGGCGAGAAACCACACAGUUGUGACACAUGUGGGAAAUGCUUCAUUGGCUCGGGGGAUUUACAGCGUCACAUCCGGUCUCACACUGGAGAAAAACCUUACCUUUGCAACACCUGUGGAAAAAGCUUCACUCGGUCAGCCAUGCUGAGGAAACACAGCAACAUGCGAUGCAAGGGCGCACCAGCUGAUGGCGCCAUUACAGACAACUAUGACCAGACUGGCAGCUCGGCUGCAGCUGUGUCGAUGAGCAAAGCUGUCUGCCAGAGUGACAUCGCAAGUGAGCAGUCUUUUUCUGUAGUGAUACCUCAAGCAGGACCUGAGAAGCCUUCGCCGCCUUCACCCCCAACGCCCCACAUGGAAACGACACCUCUGAGUAUCCAUCUAAGCCCAGCAGAUACUCCAACCUCCCUUCCAGAACUACGCUCCCUCGUGCCACAUCACCUCCUCGCUUCCUCCCACCCGGACAGGUGCACGGCACUACCUGGCCCAGAUCACAUGAAGCUGCCCAAACUACACGCCUCUCAAGAGGUUGAAUAUGGGCCCAAUGUGGAGAAUGGACCAAUUGGAGUAAACUGAGGGAAAAUUACGACAAAUUUUCCUUCGUCGGAGACGAGCGCAGAGUAUGCUACGCGCAUGCUCAGUGCCACAGGAAACGGGAAGUUGAAAGCUGAAAUCAAAUGUAUUUCGUGCAUCAUUUUCGACGGUGAGUAAUGCGUUUCUUUCAAGAUGCAAGUUGAUGCAACACUUUUGUUUCAACAGAAAUGGAGAUAUCUCAGCUAGGAGCACGCAUUUAUGUUCAUAAACAUUUACCCAAUUAAGAAUCUGUUCUAUGACUGCUUUGAGUGCUUUUGUUUUCUCUUUUCACCUGCCAAACCCACAUUAAAAUAACAUUGGCAGCUAGGAACAAUAAUUAUUUAAGCACAAUAGACAAAAAUGUCAUUGGAAUAGCGUCACUCAUGUCGUAAGACUUAAACGUUCCUUGUAAAGUACUCUAGCAUUUUUGAAAUUACUGAUUAAUAUUGACAGUCUGCUAUAUAUUUUUUUCUAUGAUCAGAUCCAGGAUCACAGAAUAACCGCCCACCUAGUCCAACACACAUGGUACUUUUUACAUUCACAUUGAAAUAACUAUUUUUGCAAAGGCAUAUAGUCGAAAUGUAGCAUGGUAAUGUCCCGAUGAUUAACGAUACUGUAUUUCCUCUUUUCUUCCAGUGCCGGAAGAAAAAGCCUGUCAAGAAAAAGUGUUUUUCACAUUCAUUAUAACUGAAUUGUAGUAUUGCAUUUGUCUCACUGCCACAAGUGGAUCAACUUUUCCAAUACCUUGCAUUGCAUAUAUCUGUGUGGGGUGGGAAAAUGAGUCAAACUAAAGAGCUCUCUGAAUUUCAGCGUGGUUCUGUAAUAGGAUGCCACCUCUGCGACAAGCCAGUUGGUGAAAUUUCUUCUCUCCUGAAUAUUCCAGAAUCAACUGUAAAUGAUGUUAUUGCAAAGUGGAAGCUUUCAGGACCGUCAACGACACAGCCAAGAAGGGGCAGACGAGCUAAAGUGGCAGAGACUCAGUAGCAUUAUGUUUGAGGGUAGCCACACCCAGAUAACUCAAACCAUUCUAGUACUGGUGUCAAACGCAAGCCCCGGGGUCCAGAUCUGGCCCGCUACAUCAUUUUAUGUGCCCCGCGAAAGCUUAUGGGCUUUGACUUCAUGUUUCUUGCUAAACUACCAAACUUGUAAAUUGUCUUUACUUUCAAAAAUGUUGAGAUAUUUCAGGUUUUUUUUUCGAUUUUUCAUUCCCACUCCUCCCAUUUAAAAUAAAUGUAAUAAUAUUCAAACAAA